GUUGCAAGUGCGCUGGACUCAAUGCGGCCAGGCAGACGGUGCCUCUGACAGACAAUGCAAGUUUGCUGCUGCGACCGUGCGACUUGCUGAGAUGAGUUCAGGGAGCCAGUUGAUGAGGCAGGAUCGCAGGGGCUGCGCUGGGAGAUGAUUGCAUCCACCAGCCGUGUUGUGUUCCUGUCCCUGCCUGCUUUUGACUUGAAAAGAUCAUGACAGAAGUCUUUCUCUCAGCUCUUUUGAAUGUUACUCAAAGCACUUUGCUGGCAAGUGGCUCAUCAGCUGGGAAUGUCACAAAAUGCUCUCUGACAAAGACAGGCUUUCAGUUCUAUUACCUCCCUGCCGUCUAUAUUGUCGUCUGCAUCACGGGAUUCAUUGGGAACAGUGUGGCCAUAUGGAUGUUCAUUUUUCAUAUGAAACCAUGGAGCAGUAUCUCGGUCUACAUGUUUAACCUGGCCCUGGCAGAUUUCCUUUAUGUCCUGUCUCUGCCAGCCCUGAUAUUUUAUUAUUUCAAUAAAACAGACUGGAUCUUUGGGGAUGCCUUGUGCAAACUGCAACGCUUUCUUUUCCAUGUAAAUCUUUAUGGCAGCAUCUUGUUCUUGACUUGCAUCAGCGUGCACCGUUACACGGGGGUCGUGCAUCCACUUAAGUCACUUGGGAGGCUGAAGAAGAAGAAUUCCAUCUACAUCAGUGCACUGGUCUGGUUCAUUGUCAUCGCCGGCAUUUCUCCCAUCCUUUUCUUCUCUGGGACUGGGAUCAGGAAGAACAAAACCAUCACCUGCUUUGAUACAUCUUCUGACGAGUACCUGCGAAGCUACUUCAUCUAUAGCAUGUGCACCACCGUCUUUGGAUUCUGCAUUCCCUUCAUUUUAAUUCUGGGUUGUUAUGGAUUAAUCGUCAGAGCUUUGAUUUACAAAGACAUGAACAAUGCCCCCCUAAGAAAGAAAUCUAUUUAUCUGGUUAUUAUUGUCUUGACUGUCUUUGCUGUCUCCUACCUUCCUUUCCAUGUAAUGAAGAAUCUAAAUUUAAGAGCCAGGCUGGAUUUUCAGUCUCCCGAGAUGUGUAACUUCAAUGACAGGGUAUAUGCCACCUAUCAAGUGACUAGGGGUCUUGCUAGCCUCAAUAGCUGUGUAGACCCUAUCCUGUAUUUCUUGGCAGGCGAUACCUUUCGAAGGAAGCUUUCCAGGGCGACCAGGAAAGCAUCCAGAAGGAGUGAGGCUAAUGUGCAAUCUAAAAGUGAAGAGGUGACUCUCAACAUCUUAUCAGAGUACAAGCAGAAUGGGGACACGAGCUUGUGAAGAUGAAAGGUCAGGGUGGACUGUGAUGGCCAACUGUUGGAACACAUCCGUUCAGAGAGUUUCCCUAUGGUGUGUACGGGUUAAUUAACAGAUCGGGCAAGAACCACUGCAGUUUUGGUCAGAGGGAGCUGAAAAUCGUUCUACAGCAUGAGAGACAUUUGUCUUUGGAGGAGAUCGGAGAAGAACAAAAAGGAUGUUCAAUCUGUGUGUAUAUGGUGUGUGUAUUCGCUAUCUACACUAUCUAUACCAUGGUAUUUUUUACUUUUACUAAUUAUUCCAGAAACUACUGUGAAUAAGGAUUAACUACAGCUAACAUGGUGAAGGAAUGUAUCUCAACAAGUCCUAAUGUGCUGUUUCAAGUUAAUCUAAAGUAUUUGUUAACCAGCUGGUUUUAUUUCUUGUGCAUCAGUUUGGCUUAGCAGUAGACCUACAGUAGACCCCCCCCCGGGGGACAUCAGUUGAGUAUUAUUGCAGUAGAGGUAUAUGUUAAACAAUAAUUCUCUAUGUUCAUAGAGGGCUGGCCUGGGAAGCGCCCUUUCUAUAUCUGUCAAUCGUUUAUGUAGCUGUGUCAGUAAAAGAAGAUGAACAAAAUGAAAUAUCUUUGAGCCAAAAUCCAAUACAUUGGGUUGACAGAGAAGUGCUGAAAUAGAUUAUUUCCCCCCCUUAGGCUGGUAUAUAUUGCACAAGCAGUAGAUUCUUUGACUUACCCUUUCAUCUUGUGUAGACAAAGCUCUUGGGUUCUGGAACAAUUACACACCAAAUAGAGUUCUUUGGAAGUUUUUCCGCAUCAAGGAGAAAUCUGAUUGUUCGGGGUCUUAUCACUGGGGAAAGCUAACGAACUACAGGACUGAAGCUGAAAAGCCUACUAGUUAGCUAUUGCUAGAUGAUUAGCUACCUCCAGCUCAUUAAUGCAGGGCAAGUGUUAUGCUUGGUCCCAUUUAAACACCACGUACUGUAACGGGGUGCACUUUUCUUUUUCAUUUAUUCAAUUUCUUUUAAAUCCUUUGUUCUGAUCCGGCUAACUCCGGACAAAUACAAAGUAUAUAAAGUCUUGAAAUAGGGUUGAAGGGGUUUCCGCCAGCUCCUACAUACCAACCGUUACAUUUUCUUGAUGUGGGGCAUGAUAUCCGAUAUCUUGUCAAAUGAAUAUGAAGGGAUACAUAUGUGAUAUACACGUUUAAUGUACUGUGGACAUUUUUGCAUUUAGUACGUGUUUUAAUGCUCCUGUGGAAAAAAAAUGUUUUAUUUUUGUACUAUUGUAAUUUAAUAUAGUUCAGUAAAUCGGUUUUUAUUUGUGAUUUAACAGUGCCAUUUAAUUGAUUUUUUUUGCCUAUGGAGACAGUGUUACUUGACUUUAAAAGCUUCUCAGGUUUUGUAACGGAUAUCGAAUAGUAGAUUGCCACAAAAUGUGUUUAACUAUCACAAUCAAAGGGUUGCCCGUUGCCGUACGGCGCUGUGAUGUGUGCAUGUAGGUGUACAGUGUGUGUACAGCAUGGUAUUAGACACUAGCAUCUUUACAAGGGAACAGCAAAGCUACACAAGUGUGUCUGGUGUUGUACUUAGCAAUUUAAACCUGAAAGAGAUCCAAUAAAACUCUAAAAUAUUA